CGCAAGAACGCGCCCUGUGUAAACGCCUCCCUACACCUGCGGCGGGAAAUACCUUGUGGAGGGCAGCAGCUUACUCUCAGACUAAAUAUAGAUUCAUCGCGAGGGAACCCGGACACCGCGCCUCCCCACGCACAGCACAGCUCGUUUAUCUGCAUGUUGUGAUUAGCUGGAAAGUUUGAUUAUAUCGGUGACAUUUUUUCCUGUUUUUUUUAUAUAUAUAUAUUUUUUUGCCAAAGGAAACAAAAAAACUGGAUUUCUUUGGAGAAAAAGACCUUAACCUUCAACUACACACGCGUAAAGCGCAUUUUUAACUCAUUGUUCUUGGCAGUGCGCACACGCUGUCCAACAAGUGCGUGUUCGAGGCUCAACUGCUGUGUCUUAAGAAACGAUAGAGGAGAAAACAAUCAUAUGGAGAUCACUGUCUAACGACCUGGAGUUCGAAUCGAUCCACGCAACCUCGCCAAACACGCACACACUUUGUCGCAUUGAUAAAAAUGCGCGUUUGUUUGAUGCGCGUCGUGUGAGCUGGUGGAUUGUGUGGAACUGCUAGUUUCCCCGCCGAUGGAGCCGCCGUAAUUCGUUGUCUUUGUCAUUUUUACAACAAACUAAAGACCGGGCGGUUUGCUUAUAUUGUGAAGAUCCAAAGCCUUACGUCUAGACCACCAGUGACCUGUGAAGACUUGUGAAUCUCUACACCUGGUUUCUUGGAGAGGGCUGCGCAAUUGCGCACGCUGCGAGAGUAUACUAUCGGACCUUUCCAUGGAAUCCACUCCACGCCUGAUCUCCAGUGAGGGUUUCAGUCCGAUCUGAUGUGGGUUAAAAAGUUGCCGUCCGGACAGUAAAUCUCAUAUAUGAGGAUCAAUACACACGUGCUGGUCAACAUAAAUUGCAAAAAUGCCUAUGCAUCCGGUGACUUCCACUUUGAUGUACCGGGGGAUCUGCACCAUUCCUGAUAUCCUGUCGUACCGGGCACCGGUCAACCUGCCUGAGGAUGAGGUGGAAGAAAUCCGAGAGGCAUUUAAGGUGUUUGAUCGAGAUGGGAAUGGCUUCAUCUCAAAGCAGGAGCUCGGCAUGGCCAUGCGUUCUCUAGGGUACAUGCCCAAUGAGGUCGAGCUGGAGGUCAUCAUUCAAAGACUCGACAUGGAUGGAGACGGCCAGGUGGAUUUUGAGGAAUUCGUUACUCUCCUGGGGCCCAAACUCUCGGCUGCCGGGAUGCCUGACAAGUUCAACGGAACCAAUUUUGACUCUGUGUUCUGGAAGUGUGAUAUGCAGAAGCUGACUGUGGAAGAGCUGAAGAGACUCUUAUACGACACCUUCUGUGACCACCUGACUAUGAAGGACAUCGAGAAUAUCAUCAUGACAGAGGAGAAUCACAUCGAAAAUCCUGAGGACUGCCAGGUUGACAUUGACACGGAAAGUCCAACCCAGCAGGUGAAGCAAACAUGCGUACGGAAGAGUCUGAUCUGCGCCUUCGCGAUCGCUUUCAUCAUCAGUGUCAUGCUUAUCGCAGCCAAUCAGGUGCUUCGCAGUGGCAUGAAGUAACCGAAUGGACCGA